GCGUUAACAGCCUGGGCCGCUCCACUGCUUUUGCUUUCAGGAAUGUUUAGUGCGAUGGGCUGGACGGACUGUGAACUACAGAACGAUUGAUACUGCACAGGACCGACACUAAAGAUGGCAUCUGCAAGGAUACGCUCCACACGCCGUCUCCGUUCCUGGAUAGUGGAACAGGUGAAUAGUGGGAAGUAUCUCGGCCUGGUUUGGGACAACCCAGAGAAGACCAUGUUUCGCAUACCAUGGAAACAUGCAGGAAAACAAGACUUUCGCAGUGAGGAAGAUGCAGCUAUUUUCAAGGCUUGGGCGGCAUUUAAAGGGAAGCUUUUGGAGAAUGGAAAUUCGGACCCUGCAUCCUGGAAAACACGCCUUCGCUGUGCCCUCAACAAAAGUCCAGAAUUUAGUGAGGUCACAGAAAGGUCACAGCUGGAUAUUUCAGAACCCUACAAGGUGUAUCGCCUUGUACCACUAGAAGAACAAGGAGUUGUCCAAGUAAAAAAAGAGAAUGGUCAGAAAUCAGUGAGAAACAGCAAGAGGAAACACAGCGAAUCUGAGAAUGAGCAGGACACUGAAGGCAAAAAGAUCAAAGAGGAGAUUGUUGCACCACAGGCCAUCAACAUGAGUGCACAGGAAAUCGUCAUAAAUACAGGAAGUGCGAUAACAAUUCAAACAGGAAUGGAGAAGAGUGAUAACAACACAGAAGAUAUCCAGUUAAACUUCACCAUUGAAGCUGUACCUUUGGCUGAAAAGAAAGCACUGCACACUUUCCACAUAACCGUGCACUACAUUGGUCAGGAGGUUUUGCGGCGAGAAGUAAUGAGCAACGAUGUCCGGAUCUCUUACCUACCUCCCUCACCAGUCCCUCCAUCUCCACCGUCUCUCAGUCGCUCCAACUUCCAUCGAAUUCCUCUCCCGGACCCCCCAUCAGAUAUUAGCACAGACUCCAGUCUCGCCCCACGCUUGAAUGCUCUUAAAUCACUGCUGCCCUUCAUGGAAUGGGGAGUAGCUCUGACCUCCUUUCCAGGAGGCAUCUAUGCCAAGCGCUUUUGCCAGGGACGGGUCUUCUGGAGAGGACCACAUAGUACCACCAUAGGACCUUGUAAAAUGGAAAGAUCAGGCACGCCAACCCAGCUGUUCAAUCGGGAGACAUUUCAACAAGAGUUGGAAUGUUUCCGCAAUGGAGGAAAACAACCUCAAAGUGAGAUCAUUCUGUGUUUUGGAGAAGAGCUCUUGGAGGGAGAUAACAUCUCUGAUAAACACAUCAUCAUUAAGAUCUCUCUCCCUUGGGCUGAGGCACAGAUAGAAGAGGUCAAGGCCUUCAGAGAGUCCAUUGCAAUUCUCAAAAGUCUGGCCAGCCAGUCUCCUACAGGGGAAGUGACACUGAAUUUUGUUGAAGUAUCGGAAUAACCAGUAACAAACCUCUGGGAUAACACUGCAUUGCAUUCUUGACAUUAUGGAUCAAAAUCACAAGCAAAAUGACUUGGGACAACUAGAAGGAACACUGUCCAGUGGUAGUGAGUGUAAAUGCUACAAUUAUUAGCUGCUUCAACUAUAUAAAUAUAUAAUCCUAUCGCACUAUUUAUAAGUAGUUCAAAAUGUCAUUAGUCAGUGUAACAUUGUAUGUUUCAAUAAUUGUAAUUUGUAGCACUAUACAAAUCCUGUGCUUUAAGAGAUUUAAUUGCAUUAAAUGCAUUAAUAGCAAUGUACACAGUUUACUACAAAUGGACUGUUAGUUAAACGGUACAUUUUCAUCCAACGCUAAUGUAUCAAUAAAUGUAUCACUCGGCUGAAUCCAA